AUGGCGAUUCCUUUCUCCUACUGUCCAGUCAAGAUCUCAAAUAUGGAGGAGAUUCACGAACGUUUAUUCAACGUUAAAGCCGGCGAGUUCGUGGUGGUGUAUGCUCCAGUUGUUUUCGGAAGUCUGUUAUAUGAUCCUAUUCUUCUCCGAAAUACUAUUAAUGUUAUCAGGAAAUUAAGGCCCCAGAUAUUAGUGAAUUCAGAAAUAGAAGGGCAGCACAAUUCCCCCUGUUUUGCAAAUCGGUUCGUUGAGGGGCUUUUCUAUUACAGCGCUUACUUCGAUUGUUUGGAGGCUGUGCUGCGGGACAGAAAUAAUUUGAGAAGGGCCAAAUAUGAAGAAGAUGGAAAGGAACGUAGUUGCACACAUUAUCUCUGUGGGCUUGUAGGAGAAAGCACAAUCGUUAGUAACCGUGCAUGGAACCUUUUUUGUGUUUUAUCUUAA